CAACAAGCGCUCCGAGGCGCCCGCCGGCCGAACGGCGCGCGCAGCGUGCUGGAAGGUGUGGGACGAAGCGCCGCCCGCUCGCGCACGUAUAUAAGGAGACGCGCGGUCGGCCGCGGAAGGCAGACGGAAGGAGUGGCGGUCAUGGCGCAGCGGCGCGCACUUUCUCCUCCCGCGCUGCGGUUCGCGCUCCUGCUGCUGGCGCUCGGGCCGCCGUGCCACGAAGCGUGCCGUGGCCUGGCCCAGUACCGCGUCACUCUGGCCACCGCCUGGACGGCCAGCCGCUUCCCCAAGCACUACCCGCAGUGGAGGCCCGCCGCGCAGUGGUCGCAGCUCUUCGGCGUGAGCCACAACGCCAGCGUGCACGUUUGGCGCGAGGGUCGCCUGGCGAGCGAGGGCGUGCGCCAGUUCGCCGAGCACGGCCACGUGGGCCGGCUGAGCAGCCAGCUGGCGCAGGGCUUCGGCGGCGUGCUGGACGUUUUCCACGGGCCAGCCAUCGUCAAGGGCAGCGGGGCAUCCAACGCCGCCUUCUUCGCCGAUGCACGCCAUUCCAGGGUGUCGGCCAUGUCGCGGCUGGUUCCCAGCCCGGACUGGUUCGUGGGCGUCGACGGGCUCGAGCUAUGCGAGGGCGGCCGCUGGCGCGACCUGUUGCUGGUGGACGCACAUAUACUAGACGCCGGCACCGACCGGGGCCUGACGUUCACUGCACCGCGCUGGCCCGCCCAGCCGGCAGAGAACGUCUCGCGCAUCACGGCCCGCUCGCCCAGCCAUCCGGGAGCCUCGUUCCACUACCCGCACCUCGAGAAGCUGCCGCGCAUCGGCGUCUUCCAGUUCCGCAAGCUGCGCGAGUACGCCUCGCACGGGGACGCCUUGGCAGACCAGCCACACGGCCAUAGGGAGACUGCGGCAUCGGGAACGAUGGUCAGCACCCACGCACCUUCCGCAGAACCCAGCAGCACCACGGGCAAACCACCGACGGACGACGGUAAUGGCUAUUCGUCGUGCCAGGUGUCGGCCUGGUCGGCGUGGUCGGCCUGCAGCCAGACCUGCGGCCUGGGCCAGUCGCGGCGCCAUCGGCGAAUCCUGCGCUACCCGACCAGAGGCGCCGCUCCCUGCCCGCCGCUGCACGAGCUGCGCUGGUGCGGCAGCGCCAGGACCUGUAGGAAGCCGAACACCUACUUCCGGUGGAACCGCUGAGCCCCGGCCAUGCAUUAUGGUGCACGGCGCUUCGGCGGCGACCGACAGGCUGGCUCCAGGCAGCGUUGCGUAUACCCUCUGGUCGGGCUCACCGCGGGAGGCUGUGAUACCCAAUCGUCUUCGCUCCUCGUCUCAGGGUUGCUGGAUGAGUUACUUGUCCAGCACGUUCGCCACUUCGGGACUGUCCGAAGCGAAACGAUGUCUAAUCGCACGCCUCGUCGCCACACAAAGAGCUGGCAAGUAGGUGUAGUAAAACGAAAUUUUGGAACAGCCUCAGCUAGCGGUCGGCAAUUCAUAGCAUGCCCCGGAGACCAUUUGUCUGGAAGCGUUGGCCCCCCGCCAGAGCAGAGGCGAUUUUCACACGUUCCGAAGAAACGCGACUGGAUCGCGCGUGCGCAUUUGCCGGUUUAAAUAGAUUUGGAAUGUUUGGUAGUAAAAUCGCAGCUCCGGAACUCUAUUAGGGAAACGAGCUCCGUUCCCAUCAUAUCUGAGUAACGUCAGAACAAGAUUAAUUUCAGUUCUACGUUGCGUAUACAAACAACCAUCCGGUUUAUCUUUAACGCUUUGUUCCCGUUGCAGCGUAAUCGUGAACAGCGAACAUAUUAAACGCAUUCUGAAUGAAACAAGUACAGCUCUCUCUUACUGUGACAUCAUCUAUGAAGGCCGAAACUCCAAUUGAAAACCAUGCUUUGCGAAAAUGAUGAUAGCUCUAGGCAUCGUCCAGCGAAAUUUAGGGACGGUCGGUUUGGCCUUCUGGUGCGACCUCGCAGCUAAAGGGAGUAUAUGCGGGCCUUCUGUAGGAAGUACUGACACAUUCGGCAUAGACACGCCUGCAUUGCCGUCUCUCUGUUAUCCCCUGUCCUUUUCUCAUAAUUCACAAGUGCGCUUCUUUGCAUUGCGCAUUUACCGCCAUCAACGGCGGCACGGGUCGCGGUUCAGUUCUGGCUGCACAUGUUGGCUCUUGUCUCCUGGGCAUCAAUUGAGCCACGUUUACAUUUUCCAGGUCAUAUAAGAAAAUCAAAUCGUGCUCGUGCGCACCGAUUGCAAAAGUUAUUAUGCCGCCAAUAAUUUGACAGUCUGCCCCGCAGGAAAUCUAGCUUUAGAAUUAAGGAUUAUGAUUUACAUUUACGGUUCUUUUUUCAGAACCAAAAUAAACAGAAGUCGCUUCGCAUUUCGUGAAGUCGUCACCUUUCUUUUUCCCGUAUCUCAUACCGUGCGCGUUCACAUAAAGGCAGGAUAAGUGCUUACAUAUUUCAGCAUCGCAAAAGAAUAACAAAUAAGCGGUGCGCUUUCGGACGACCACAGCAUCGCGCGUGUGCACACGAUCAAACGUUGUUUCGACACAGCGUGUGCACUUCGCCACAUAGCACACUGGUGCAUAGUGAAGCCAGCUUGCCGCCGACGUCCAGUCCUUACUGAUGCGGACAUUUCUCGGACAACGCAAAAUAGCCGCCUGUGGACUUGGGAGCUAUAUAAUUCACUACACCCACGCAUGUAACUACAUUUAACGAUCACCCCUCCCCCCUCUCCAAACCCGACCCUUCUUUUUUCUUUUUCCUUCACAGAACACUAGUAAACACCGAAUCGCAGGCAGUUAACGUCCUCCUCCGCUAGGCGUCUGCCAUGAUCGCAUUAAUAAAUAGCAUUGAGUACACAUCUUUGCUUAUCCUAAUAAUUUAAGCGACGUUUCUGUUAGCAAGUAGUACAAACAAAGCAAGCAGUGAGGUUGCUUUCUUUGCAAACACUUGCACCCGUUUUUGAUACUGUGCGGAGUUUGGAAGCCGCCUAGGAAAUUAUAUUCGGUGAAAUUAAAGGGUUGAAAGACAAGCAAAAGCUUGUCUGAGAAACUGAGAACAAAAUGCGGUGGCGUAAUAUCUUAUUCUUUUGAAUCCCAACGAAGAAAAAGAAGGCUGGGCCACUUAAGAGAAAAAAGUUAUUGCCUUAUGUUCCGAUAAAAUGGGAAUCACAAUUAAGAGUUCUCAGUUUGAGCGCGUGCGUCGGUUGGAAAACAGGUUUCAGAUAAAUAUAGGACAAUAAAUGCUAAGCUAAGCUAAACAAGUAAUCUUAACUGGUGCAGAUAAUUUGAAAGAUACUAGGUUCUUUAUUCGAGAGGAUCUUUCGGUAGCUACACGACAAGCGAGCAGAAGGUUGAUCGAAUUCGCUAAACAACGAUAUCCAACUCUCAAACUCACCGGUUAACUUUCGCAUCGGUAAUAGCACCUACGCCUAUGGCUGUUCUUCAAAUACUUUAGUCCAAUCUGCUAGGUAGCUAACCGGUGAUGAACGCCGUCCUAAAAUCCAGCGACCAUCAACUUGUGUGGUUUUGUCUUUAGGUAUUUGAUACUGUCGGUAUCAAUCGUGCACAUAAAAACGGUGGUAGUGUGAUACUUGCCUUCAAAAAAAGAAGAAGGAAAAACGUCGGUAAGGUCCUUACUUGUUGACACUAACUUUAUACUUGAAGUAGUCUGGGUCGCCUGUUCCACCUUAUCUGGGAAGUUAUUGAUAAGCGCAUGCUAUCGCGCACCUAAUUCCGACCGUGUUUUGUUUUUCGUUUUGUGUGUGUGUGUGUGCAGGAGCUUAAUAAAGGUAUUACCAGUGC